GGCAAUCGGCUCGACUCUUCCUUCUGCUCCUCCGUACAUCACACCAAAGCGGAAGGAACUAAUUCACAUUCUGUGGACAGUUUGUAAAGGAAUUACCCGUGCAAGAGAGUAACAUGGAUCAGUUCAACAUGGACGAAGCAGAAACCCGAACGGACGAGGGUGGCUCUUCCACCCACGACGUACGCGCCACGUCUCCUUAUCAGCAAGCGCAACAUCCAAUUAACCAAGCCAUGGAAUUGCUUUCUCCGGACGAAAAGUCAUCAUACAUUCAAGCCAUGGAGCGCUGUCCGGAGAUUGUGGCCACCGAAACGGAUCCGCAGCUCUUUUUAUCGUUCGAAAGUAUGCGAGCGGAUGUGGCGGCCAGACGCCUCGCUAUGUACUGGACGUACCGUGAGCGCUUCUUUGGAACCAAACGGGCCUUCCGGCCACUCGUUGAUUUAUCUAUUCCACCUAGCCGCCGGGCGCUUUCGUUUGCCGAUGUUGAAGAACUUCAACAUGGUGCAUUGGCCAAGGUACCCCCGGACCGCCACGGCCGUCCAAUUCUGCUCGUAGAUCGCUACCGCUUACGCAACGCGGACUACGAACCCGACCCUAACCGGUGGGUCCGAAUUACCUUUUUUUGGUUGACCAAGAUGAUGCAUCAACCUGACGUCCAGCGAAACGGCAUGGUCGUUGUCAAGAUUAUGCGGGGUCAAAAUUUGGACCGGAAACGAAUGGUCACUUCCCAAAUGCUCAUGCGAGACGCCAUGGCAUGCCGUGUAAACAGUAUCCAUUUGUGUUGUUUACCCCCUAAGGGUGGGUGCAAGACGUUUGCCGACACCCUUGUCCCAAUCAUGUUCAAUUUCAGUCAGCGACUUCUGGGAACCAAGGCGAACAUUCACGUUGCGAGUAGUAGCGAGAGCAUGUUGACUCAACUAGAGCCGCACGGGUUCCGCAAAGCUUCCGUUCCUACAACACUUGGUGGCAAGUGGUCGUAUACCAAGUUUGAUACCUUGGUGACACGUCUCCUUUCGGAGAGCUUUUUAAUGGCGAGGAACUUGCCAACUGAUUUGAAGCAGAGCCCUUUGAUUAAUGAUCAACACGAAAGAUUGUUAAUGGAAAGGGUACAGCGCCGCAAAUCUGGGAAACGAAAGAUUGAUGCGACUUUCAUUAGUCGUGAUUGCUGGGCAAAGGAACAAAAAUUUGUUAAACAGCCUUUUGCCGCACUGGCAUCAUUCUACAUCCACAAUAAAUUGUCUUAUUAAAGUAGAAGUUAUUACUAUUUU